GUAGUACGAAGUCGAAAAAAGCGCGAUCAUGGUAGUCGGGUGUGUACGAAUUCGUAUUUCACUAACUUUUUUUUGAUCUGUCUGUUAUUAAAUAAACAGCUAAUCAUAAUAUGUUGCAUAUAUGCGUGAACUAAAACCUGCCUUACUUUAUAUAAUAGACGACUUCGGGAAUAUAAAAAGUUUUACUAAAAGAAACAAAAAAAGGAUGAAAAUUUAUGUCAGCAUGAUGUAUUGCCCGUGAUUACUUUGAAAGGGCGAGUGACAGCAGAUCUUGACAUCGUUUAGCACAAAGCUAAGRACACACUUAGUAAGUAUUAUCAUAUCUAACAACUCUAUUCUGUCRUUUCCUGUGCUCUUCCGUUCAAAUAUUGACAUCUGUAUAUUUGCUUAUUGCUUCUGGAAACUUAACAAUACGGCCUUUUUUGAAGCUCRAUUUUUACAGGCGAAAAUGUAACUUGGAUUUUUGUUGGUGUAAAAGUGGUGUAAAAGUUGGUGUAAAAGUGUAUCGGCCUUUGCAAAUAGAGAUGGCCGAAAUGAUUUGAUGCCGCGGCAAAAAUAAAAUCCGCGAAAUUUACAAACUACAACGCCUUCCUGCUAUACAGAGUAGUAAUACAGCUGUCUUCUCUUUCGUAUUGUUUAUAAAGCCUCUGCAAUUCAAUUUAGCUUGGUAAACACUACAAACCAAUACUCCAAACUACUGCGAAUUUGAAUUAAAAGAUGAAAAGACRAGAUCCAUUUUCUAGAAUCUUUGCGGAUGUCUCUGAUUCGCUAAAUGUGCAAGUGAAGACGCAGCUCAUAAGGGCGGUUUUUUUUCAUGGCUAAUUUUCAGCCAACUCCUUCAUGUUCUCUUGAAUAUAAAGGGGGACUGAAGUCGUCAUGUCCGGCAACGARACAAUGCAAAUUAACAGCUUGUCACUGAAGAUUAUUCCAGAUGAAARCGAACCUCCUACUUUUUAUAACAAUAUCAUUUUUUUGUUCAUUCAGUUUAUCUUUGUUGGUUCCGUACUCGGUAUCGAACAGUAUUCUGUGGUUCUACUAAUCCAGUUAUUUUAUGAGUACAUCUGCUCGACCUACUUCACAUUACUUGUUCACAGAGCAAUGAAUGAUAGCUGCUUUUCUAACCUUUUUCACGUUAAGUUCCCUGCACAUCGUAUUACUUUAUCGGUCUUUUUCAUCCUAUCUUCAUUUACAGCCUCUGUGUUCAAUUUGGUGAUUAUUUUGACUAUAUGGAGAACCCCGUCGUUGCAAAAGCCUUCAAAUCUACUUCUUGGAAACCUUGCCAUUACAGAUUUUAUUGUGGGAAUACUGGGAAACCCUCUCAUUGUGGUCACUAACUUCGCAGCACUGUGUAAUUGGGUACGGGUAUUUUGCUACUGCUGGAUAAGCGGACGGCUCGUCAUAUAUUGGGUGGGUUCAAAUUCUCUUUACACACUUACAGUAAUCAGUGUAGAUAGAUUGCUCGCCAUCCUAUUAAAGAGCAAAUAUCGUACCGUAGUUACGUUGAGACGAGUACUCUACACAGCGUUUUGCUUUUGGAUCUUCUCGGGAGUGAUCAUGAUAUCUGUUGCUACAGCAACAGAGAUUCGUAUGGAUAUUUAUAUAGGUGUGUUAGCAGCAAGUGUGUUUGUAAUGCUUGCUACGAUGACCGUGUGCUAUGGACUGUCAUAUUACCAUCUAAAAAGAGUAAAAGUUACCCCAGAAACUCUAGCGACAAAUGACGCAAAAUCCAAAGCUUUUCGUCCAUUGAGAUAUCGAAGAUUACUGAAUACAAUGGUACUCAUUUUGUGCACAAUGUUUCUGUUUUAUUCACCUUACAUUUGUUCAUCAAUCGCUACAGUAGUGACAUAUAUAGUCCACGGACACCAACCCAACAUUGAAGACUAUCUUCGCUUGUUGUAUCGCUUUAUGACAAUAUCGGAAUUGGUCGCUAGCAUCAACUCAACAGUGAACCCUCUGCUUUACUUGUGGCGGAUGAAGAAGUUGCGCAAUUCUGUCUACAGUACGAUACAGAUCAUGUUUAAGAACAGGCAGAUAGGACAGUGUGACAGUCAAGCUCAAAAAGCCACUGGUUAGGUAAACAGAUGAAAAAGAGGAGAAGCUCGAAAGAGAAUGGAUAUCUAGAAACGAGAAGAGAGGGCAGUAAGUGGAUUGAAGGGUAGGUAAAGGAGAGUCUUGCCAGUCUUACAAGUCAAGGAAAAUGUACAACAAAGGGAAGAAAAAGUGCCGAAGCAUAUACUUCAAAGUCAUGCCGCUGAGAAGAGAGAGGAAAGACUUAUCAGGACAUUGCAAAGACAGGAAAAGUAUAGUGUUUCAGAAUCAAUCCAGAGUCAUAAACCCCGUUAAAAUAUUUUACCAACACAACUUAGCAGCACUGUCGCUAACCCGUAAUCACUGUCACGUGAUUUAAUUAGCGAUUAUUAAUUUCAUCUCUGAAAAAAAUAUAUCGUACAAAUAAAAUACAGUUACAGUUGUUUUAAACCCAGUUUCCCAGUAAUCACUAAAAUUGGCAUAAAAAGUUUAUUUAGAUUUUACAAAUGAAUUUGUACAAAUCAUUUA